AUGCAGGCAAAUAAACAGAAACGACGAUGGGAGAAGGAGGAUACAUUGCCACGAAAACGUGCGCGUCAAAGCUGCGAGGCCUGUAAGGCCCGGAAAACAAAGUGUGUCGGUGUCGAGAAUGGCGACUGCGAGUAUUGCAAGUCCCUUAAUGUACCCUGUGAAUUCAACCUCAAAAAUCGAAAACGACCGUUCUAUAGGGUAUCCGAGGAAACCUAUGAUUGUUUGGUCAAGCUGCUACGGCGGUUCGUUUCGGAGGAGGAGCUGCCGGAGCUCACAGUCCAGACAAUAAGUGGUUACUUAGAACAAAUGGGUAGCGACCCUCCUUCACACAUCUCGCCUGAUCGUCGCGCCAGGGAUGCUGAGCCCAGCAACGCUGUCUCAGCUCCGAACACUCAAGAUGAUCCGCAAGACCACGACCCACAAGAACUGGCAGUGCCUAAUGAUAAUUCACUCUUUCAAGAAGAACUGGGAUGUAUGACUUUGGAUUCAAUGGGAAAAUAUCGAUACGUUGGCGCAAAUUCCUCACUUCGAUGGUAUCACGCUGCACGCAUGGUCAGUGAGCGGCCCAUCCUUCCAGAUCCAAGCGUCGUUAUCCCAUUGAAAACCGGCUUGCUUCCACCAACUACGCCCGAAAACGUAGCUAAUCAACACCGAGUCGAGCAUUACCUGCCGUGUCAUCGCCUAUCUAUGGAGUACACCACACGAUUUUUUGCACAAGCUCAUUCGAUGCAUUGUUUCUAUUCAGUAGAACAAUUUUACACAAUGCUCGACCACACUUUGGAAAAUCGAGGGAAAACCUCGAGUGCUUCUUGGCUAUGCUCGCUUUACUCUAUUUUUGCGAUCGGAUCAAUACGGCCGAAUGCUAUAGCAACGCCCGACAAAGCCCUACCCGAGGAUAUCCAAUCCCCAGCCGGGUAUCUUGCACUGGCGAAGGAAUUGGUCCCCCGCGUGGCGGAAGAUGCCGAUAUCGAGAGCGUGAGAGCGUUCGCAUUGCUAAGCCUAGCGAUGCAUUCAAACUGUUAUAGUCUUGAGGCAUAUCUGUACCUUGGUACAGCAGCGCGCAUAGGAUUCUCGCUUGGUUUGCACCGCGAUAUAUUCCCAAAGACCCUAUCAACCGUCGAGCGAGAGCGACAUCGGCGGGUAUGGUGGACAGUAUAUGUCCUGGACCACGAGAUGGCAAAUCGAUAUGGCUAUCCGUGUGCCAUUUCCGAUGAUCUGGGAUUUAUGACGACAGGUCCCGCCUCGGAACAAAUUUUGGAUCCAUCUCCUAACAUGCCUCAAGGCUUCCAGGCACUCUCGGUCAGCCUUGUACAGCUCCAGAAAAAGAUCAACAUGGAGUGUUUCUUUCAACCAGUCAAUGGCGGUAGACUACCUAUCAACCUAGUUACACAGAGUCUGGUCACACUGAAGAAGUGGUUGGACAAGGUACCUCAUCAUCUGCGCUGGGACUGCACUGCACCCCCGCAACAUUCGCGAUCAAUCGCAGUUCUCCACUUGCGCAACGCCUGCAUUGAAGCAGCAGAGAUGUCAGUCCGCAUCUUGCAUCGGGAAGCGAUGUGCAUUCUCCUGCUGGCGCUUCGGAAAGCUCAGAGUGCUAAGCACCAAGAUAUGCUACGGACCUGCCUUGGUACCUUGGCUAGCAUGGAAAAAGUCGGCUGGUGCGAGAGGAUUGUGCUUGAUAUUCAGGCACGUGUGUAUGAGAGUGGAUUGCUGGACUUGGAGGCCCCAACGGGGAUUCAGGACCAAGGUCUGCUCUCAGAUGGACCAGGGAGCUCAGAAUACGCUGAGUUUGACUUUGAUGUUUCCCAAUGGGAUUUAUUCCAGCCACAAGGGUUAGAUUCCUUUGCCCAGUUGAUGAACACGUUUCCGGAUGCCACUUUCGCAGCUGGCAUGGAGCAAUUAUUCUGA